AUGUCUGGCUAUACGACUGUAUCUACAACGGUGAGCCCGACUAGAACAUGGCUGCUAACGUUGGCUUUGUUUAUCUCGUUAUCUCAUAGGUCUAUAGAAGUUGAAGACUGCCCACAGAAAGAGAAGAAGUGUAAGGAGAAGUACACACAAGACAUUGAAGCACCCUUCAAUGAACAUCAAAAUGAGAAAUCUUGCAGAGUUUUCAACGAGUUCCGCUGGUGUGUGAUGGACCUGGAACACUGUCUUAGUGACAAGGUGAAGGACGAGCUGAUCCAUGAGUACCAGUCUGACCUCCAGAGUUAUGGGGUCGAAUGUGCAAAAGAAGCGAAACCCCCAGUGACAACAGAACCACGAAACGAAUGCACUGAUGCCGUGUCUAGGUGUAACAAAAGACUGCUCUAUGACCUACGUGAGCUCAGCGGCCCAGGCCAGGAACAUGAAGAUAAGAUUUACUGCGGAAUAAAAACUAAAUACAGAGACUGUUUACUUGAAAUUACAAGUUGCAAAGAUAAAAGUAAAAUAAACCAUUUGAUAAGCUUAAAAGAAGAAGAAUUUUCAAAAAAGUCUAUCUCAUGUAGCGAUGCUGCCUCAAUGCCAGGCUACAAUACGUAUAACGGUUGUGUUAUGGUAACUGGCUCAAGAACCGUUACAGUGUCGGUUAUAGUUUUCUUUUGGGGACUUCUGUAAGUCAGUGCUUAUUUGUUUUUAUUUUGUCACAUUCUAAAUGGAAAUUUCUGGAGCACAGUGAAGAUUGCCACAGCCAGUCAUUACUAGAUUUAAUUCUCAAAUCAGCCGGGCUUAAAACCUCGAAGACAAGGUGACACAAAAGCUCUAAUGCCUUGAAUUAAAACAGGCCUAUCUGUACAGGUUAGGCCAAUACAUGCCUGGUUAAAUAUUUCUGUGGGUUAUGUUUUUUUAGUUCCACCACUGAUGUUUUGUUUUUGUUAAAAUAUCUAGUCAGAAAAUACUGCGUGUUCACUAUGUCGUUAUUUUAAAACCCUAACGUUUACAUUGUGUGUAUAUUUUUAACUGAUUAAACUUGUUACAUGAAUGAAUGCUAUUUAACAGAACAUUAUGAUUUGAGUAUGAUCUUAUAUUUUGGUAAAGGCCUCCACAUUGCUGGCAUUAUAAUCUAUUGGACAACUAACGCUUGUCCUGCUUUGCAUAUUUUUUUGUUUCACUUGGCUGUUAGAGUAUUUUAUUUUUUACUUUUGUUUUGCUUUCAUAAUCAUUCGUUGCACUUAUUAGAUCUAAAUUUUGUGAAAUUUUACAAUGCAAUUCUGAUUCAAGUUGCUGAUCUAAAACUGUUUCUAUAAUUUAUCAUUUUUGAAGGUAUAUUUGUAAUGAAUUCAUGUUAAAUAAUUCUCUGUAACAAAGUAGUAGAUCUAGAAAGUCAUUUUGGAAUACUGUAAAUGUUUAUGUUUAAUUUGUUAAUUUUUUUCUUGAUUUAUUUUCUUCCCGGUUAGAUUAUUAAUCUUUGAUCUGAAACAAUUUCUAAACAAGCUAGUUCUAUUUUAGUACUUUCGCGUAUUAACAAACAAGUAGCGAACACUUUUUCCCCCAGGAAGUGUUUUUACAAGUGCACGCAGCCAAUUUAUGUUGCAAUCUUCAUCAAACAAUCACUUAAAGACCCAUUUUUUAUAUUAACAGAACUAGUGCAAAAUUGUUAUUUUUAAACGCUG